AUGUCGGCUUUUGAAGAACUAGGUUUAGAUAGCACUUUAUGCGAGUUGUUAGAAACAAAUGGGAUAGAUUUGCCAACAGCUAUUCAGCAAGAAUCAAUUCCUUUGAUUUUAGGUGGAGGAGAUUUGUGUGCAUGUGCCGAAACGGGUACAGGAAAAACGCUAAGUUUCAUUGUGUCCUCAUUACAAAUUGUACACGAAUUAUUGAGAAACAUUGGCACGUAUGAAAUAAAUAGUAGUGAUUACAAUAAUGGGAAUAAGGAAAAUAUUCAUCAUAAAAGUUUGAAGGAGGAUGAUAAAAAUGGUAAUAAGGAAUUAAUAAUAAGGUCUUUAAACAAUAGUAAUUCUAAGGUUAGAAUUAUGGAGGAUACAAAUGAAUGUAUAUUAUUAAGUACUAGCAAUAAUUCGAACUAUUUUGAAGAGAUAAAAGUGGAGUGUGAAAUUGUAAAUGGACUAUAUGCUUUUGAAGUAGAAAUUUUGCAAAGAAGUUUUAUUAACAUUGGUUUUUGUCCAUCAUUAGUAAAAGAAACGUCAAGAUAUAAUUAUACUUAUUGUAGCAAUGGGUGUAAGUAUACUAAUAACAGGCAAGAAAACUAUGGAGAUUUUUUUUCUACCAAUGAUAUAAUUACAUGUUUAAUAAACAAAAAUUCAAAUAUUAUUGCUUUUAAAAAGAAUGGGAAAUUCUUAGGAAAUGCUUUCAAAAUAUUUUAUAAAUACAAUGAUAUACCAUUUUUUCCAUAUGUAUGUGGAAAAUACUUCCAUAUAAAAUUUCAUUUUAAAAAUUUAAAAUAUGUAGACUCCUCCUUGUACAAAGAAUUAAACGAUAUUAUAAAUACAAGAAAAGAAGAUAGUGACUGCAGAAGGACAAUAUAUCUUGACAUGUCAACAGAUGGAAAUAGGAGGGAGAGUGAGGUUCAGUAUGAUCAUGGUAAUAGAAAUACAAAUAAUAGAAGCAUUUGUGGUAGUAGUACUAAUGAUGGUGGUAUUACCAAUAUAAGUAUCAGUAAUAACACGAGUAAGAAGGUAAAUAUUGAUGAAACAAAUAAAAACAAACUGUACUGCAUAGUAUUAGUCCCAACGAGAGAUUUAGCAAUGCAAACGUAUAAUAACUAUUUGAUCUAUGCCCAAUGCUUUAGUGGUUGUUCUAUAAAUGUAGGAUUACUAGUUGGAGGAGGACCACCUAUGAAGGAAAAAAGAAAUUCUGCGUAUAAUAUUGUUGUAUGUACUUGUUUUAAACUAAUGGAAUAUUUAAAAAAAAAUAACAUCAAUGUGAAUGACGUAAGAUUAUUAAUUUUAGACGAAGCAGAUGAACUUAUAAAUACGGAUGAAAAGUCUGUUUUGGAAAUAAAAGAUGUUUGCAUGAGGAACAGUCAACAUGUACAAACCUGCUUCUUCUCAGCAACAUUACAAGACAAGAAUGUAAAAGAUUGCAUAAAUAAAAUUACCAACAAACCAUUAUUUGUUGAUUUAAAAUAUGGAAAAAAUUAUAUCCCCUCACAUAUUUAUGUUUGCAUCUAUUACGUAAAUGAUCAAAAUUCUAGCAUUAAUUCGAACCUUUCUUGUAAAGGGGGAAGCAUCGAAGAAAAGACGUAUGAGGACAUAAUUUAUAAUGAAAAACUUAAUAGUAUGAAUAACAAAGCAUUGUAUGAAUAUACAGAUAAGGUGCAUUUGCUAAAUUGCAACAGAGAUGGAAAAGAAAUGAUAUCAUUAGACAUUAAAAUUAAUAAGUUAAAAAAAUUAAUUCAUAUAAUUAACGUAUUUAAUAUGCAAAAUGGUAUUAUAUUUUGCCGAACCAAUUUAGAUUGUGAUAAUGUGUACAAUUUUUUAAAUUUUGUUGGUGAUGGAAAAGCAUAUAAAGGAACAGUUGAAUCACUUAAGGAAAAUAAAUAUUCCUGUGUUAUUUUAAAAGGGAAAAUGUCAAAUGAAGAAAGAAAAAAUAAUUUGAAUGCUUUUAAAAAAGGAGAAGUCCGUUUUUUAAUAUGUACUGAUGUAGCAGCAAGGGGAAUUGAUAUUCAAAAUUUGAGAUAUUUAAUUAUUAUGACUUUGUCAGAUAAUAUUAAUACAUUUUUUCACAAAAUUGGAAGAGUAGGUAGAGAUGGAAAAAAUAGCUUAUGUAUUGUUUUAAGUGCACAAAAUCAAGAAGAAAAAGUAUGGUUUCAUACAUGUCCAAGUAGAGGACAAAAUUGUAAUAACAGAAAUUUGAAAGAGUAUCAAGGAUGUACUGUUUAUAUAAAAGAAAGUGAUUAUAUUCAAACUAUAAACAAUAUGUUAGAAAUCCCAAUGCAUGUACUUGAUUCGAAAUAUUAUUAUGCAGAAAAUGUAGUAGACCCUUUAAAUUAUUUUAAGAGUAACCCAACAUCUAAUAAAAGUAGAAGAAAUAAAAAUCAAAACGUAAACUCCAUUUUUUCCGAGCCCGCAAAUGCAAGUGUGCUAAACUGCUUCAGUUCCAGCAUUCACAAUAUUCAGAAAUUGCAAAGUGCAAUAAGUUACAAACAUUAUGAGUUGUCCAACUUUAUAAUAUGA